GUAACUAUCAAGGAAAUUUGGUGUAGCUUACGUACCAACCCGCCGCCCGCCUCUCCCACCAACCCCGCCCCAACUGCCCAACUCUCUCUGUCUCUGCCUCUCUCUCACUCACUCGCUCAUCCUUCUUCUUUGCUCCACAACAAAAUCAGGCAAUUUCUCUCUCUCUCUCUCUCUCUCCGGCAUGGCAAACUCUUCCCUGCGGGGCUCCACAAUCACAUCUUCGAGACACCAACUUGCCGGAGUACGUUCUGCUUCGUCUGAUUCCGAUAGCUUCUCCAAAUCACUCUCUUUCUCCUCUCCUCUCCCCAAUUUCUCCCUCAAAUCUUCGGGGAAUACAAGACCACUACAAACGAAAAGGUUAACUCCUGUUGUAAGAGCAAUGGAGGUUGAUAUCUCGCUAAGUCCCAGAGUAAAUUCAGUAAAGCCCUCCAAAACAGUGGCCAUAACUGACCAGGCAACAGCUCUAGUACAAGCUGGUGUGCCUGUUAUCCGAUUAGCAGCUGGAGAACCUGAUUUUGAUACCCCAACUGUGAUAGCCGAGGCUGGGAUGAAUGCAAUACACGAAGGCUACACGAGGUACACUCCAAAUGCGGGGACCCUAGAACUCCGCUCAGCAAUUUGCAAAAAGUUGAAGGAGGAGAAUGGGAUUUCUUAUACACCUGAUCAGAUUCUCGUGAGUAAUGGGGCGAAGCAGAGCAUCCUUCAAGCAGUGCUAGCUGUUUGUUCACCCGGAGAUGAGGUCAUAAUUCCAGCUCCAUUUUGGGUGAGUUACCCAGAAAUGGCAAGGCUGGCUGAUGCGACCCCUGUGAUUCUUCCGACCAGCAUCUCUGAAGAUUUUCUCUUGGACCCAAAGCUCCUAGAAUCCAAACUCACUGAGAAUUCUAGACUCUUGAUUAUUUGUAGUCCAUCUAACCCGACAGGAAGUGUUUACCCAAGGAAACUGCUGGAACAGAUCGCUCAGGUUGUGGCAAGGCAUCCUCGGCUUCUGGUGCUAUCUGAUGAAAUUUAUGAACACAUUAUUUAUGCUCCAGCCACUCACACAAGCUUUGCAUCCUUGCCAGGCAUGUGGGAGAGGACUUUGACUGUCAAUGGGUUUUCUAAGGCCUUUGCAAUGACUGGAUGGAGACUUGGAUAUUUAGCUGGUCCUAAACACUUUGUUGCGGCAUGUGGAAAGAUACAAAGCCAGGCCACUUCAGGUGCCAGUAGUAUAUCCCAAAAAGCAGGUGUUGCUGCUUUAGGAAUGGGUUAUGCUGGUGGAGAAGCAGUUGCUACUAUGGUCAAAGCAUUUAAGGAGCGACGAGAUUAUUUGGUUCAGACUUUUGGUGAAUUGGAAGGUGUUAAAAUCUCAGUGCCACAGGGAGCUUUCUAUCUCUUCCUUGAUUUCAGCUCAUACUAUGGAACAGAAGCUGAAGGCUUUGGUAUGAUCAAAGACUCAGAGUCUCUAUGCCGCUAUUUACUGGACAAGGGUCAGGUUGCUGUUGUCCCAGGCGAUGCAUUCGGGGAUGACACCUGCAUCCGUAUCUCCUAUGCAGCAUCUCUUUCCACAUUACAGGCUGCAGUGGACAACAUCAAGAAUGCACUGAUAUCUCUCAGAGGUGCUGUUCCUGUGUAGCUUAGAUGGUAACUAUGCUCUUGUGGCUGUACUGAUUCCGAAAUCAAAGACUUGAUUUUUUGUCGUAAUUAUAUCAUGAUUUCGAUUUAGGAGAUAUGCAUUCCUUUUGUACUCGGUAAUAAUCAAGCCGAAAUCUUGAAGGACUGUUCAAGAUGAAUGAAUAUCCGCUGGUCUGUAAUCUCCUCUCUAUUGGAUCUUGUAUCAUUUUGUUAACUUCUGCUGUGGGAUAGCUUGCUUCUCCA